AUGAAGAAGAAGGAUGAAGUGAGAGUUUGUUGGAGAAGAGAUUUGGUUGAUGUUAAAAUGAGAUUUUCUACUUCUUUUAUCUUUUCUUGUUUUCUUAAAAAAAAAGAAAAACACGUGUGGCGCAAAAUUCAUUGGAGGUCAUGUGUAAAACCGGGAAGAUACAUUUAUUUCCCUUCCAAAAUAGAAACCAGCUGCCCCUUCACCCCAAAGCAGAAUCCAGCCGCCACUCAUUCCCAUCUCGAUUCACCGGCGCAUUGCACCGUCUCCGGCGAAGAAGCCGCCGUACAAGAGGUUGUUUGGAGGAUUGAUACCCAUUUCGAUUUUCUCGGUGGUUUGAAGAAAUGGAGUCGACUUGGCUAUGGAAAUGAAGAUUGUACCUUUACACAUUCACUUUCAAAUCUUUGCUCGUCAUUUCCAGCUUCCUCCCCUCGUCAAGCCGGCGGCGGGCAGUUGGUAAGUUAUACAAGAAGUGAAGAUGCCAAUUCAAAGAAAAUGAAGCUUGCUACUGAAUGCUAUUUUAUCAAGAUGUCAAGCUAUAUGUAAUUUGCUAUUGUGUACCAAAUAGGAAGUUGGUAAUUUGCUAGUGUGUUGUAAAGUCCCACCAGUUUAGGCGGCCGAAUUCUCAUCAAUUCAAUGUGGUUUAAAAUAUUCUUGGUAUUUUGCUACAGAAAAUGACUUCAUUUUGGCUAUAGGUUUUGGUACUUUUCGUUUGUGUUA